AUGAGGCUCCAUCAUGCAGUUCCGGGAAGCUUGCCACGGGUUGUGCCUGCGGGUGGUGGUCGUUUGGGCAAGUAUGUAUUUCCUGCAGGUACUCAAGUCCCGCCACAGGCUUGGACUUUUCAACGCGAUCCGGCAGUAUUUGCGGAUCCCCUCAAAUAUGUUGACCUCUUCUGA